UACAGAGUGACCCAGUCUCAAAAACAAAAACCCCCAGAGUAAACAGUCUUUGAUCCUUGGAUUGAUACGGGUGUAGAUACUCACAAAAUACCUAUAUUUACCCUCCAAAUUUUUUAAAAAGUUCAUAAAUAGUAAAAAAAAAAAAAACAACAACAUAAUUUCUGUCACUAUAGCUUGUUAACUACCUCUGUGUAAUAACUGAGGGUUUAAUUUUAGAAACAGAAUGAUGAUGUCAGUUCAAGUAGUCAAAGGCAUUUCGUGGAUAACAGAAGUGGGAACCACCGUGUUUUAUAGGUCAUCCCAGGGAGAGGGCAAGCACUUACAGGAGCCGACGACGUGUUAAAGGCUUUGAGAUGAAGAAGACCGACCUCUGUUCGAGCACGGAAGGGACUGAGGUGAUCCUGGCUACCUCGAGCGAUGAAAAGCACCCACCUGAGAAUAUCAUCGAUGGGAAUCCAGAAACCUUUUGGACCACCACGGGCAUGUUUCCCCAGGAGUUCAUUAUUUGUUUUCACAAACAUGUAAAGAUUGAAAAGCUUGUGAUCCAAAGUUAUUUAGUGCGGACCUUGAGGAUUGAAAAGACCACGUCUAAAGAGCCAUUUGAUUUUGAGCAGUGGGUUGAAAAAGAUUUAGUACACACAGAAGGGCAGCUUCAAAAUGAAGAAAUUGUGGCACGAGAUGGCUAUGCCACUUUCUUGAGAUUCAUCAUUGUUUCAGCUUUCGAUCAUUUUGCAUCUGUGCAUAGCAUUUCUGCGGAGGGACUAACAGUCUCAAAUCUUCCUUAGUAAUUACAACAAAAUUCUCUGAACUGCUUUUAAAAUAUAUUUAUAGAAACACAAAGUUAUCUUUGGUAUGUUUACUAUUAAAGAGAUUUGUAUCACUCUGUUUCCAUA